UCAUGCUUUGGCAUAAUGCAGCAGCUGGCAUCUCCAGGGCAGACUACAGGUUCCAGGAAUCAUUCUACAUUGAAGCAGGGGCGGAUUGACAACUCAUGGGGCCCCCGGGCAAUAGGGAUCAUGGGGCCCCUGUGUCCUUGCCCAAACUCAAAAAAAGUCUAUCAAAAAAGGUACCAGGGGCAUCUCAUGGGGCCCCCUACUGACCCUGGGCCCUCGAGCAGUGCCCGAGUUUCUAAAUGGUCAGUCCGCCCC